AUACGGAGCCGGCAGAAGGAAUUGAGUGACCUGCAGAGGGAUCCUCCUGCCCAGUGGUCCGCAAGACCUGUGGGAGAUGACUGGUUCUGCUGGCAGGCCACCAUCACCGGCCCGAAUGACAGUCCUUACCAAGGAGGCAUUUUCUUCCUGAACAUCCACUUUCCCACAGAUUAUCCAUUCAAACCCCCAAAGGUGGCUUUCACGACCAAAAUUUACCACCCCAACAUCCACAGCAACGGCAGCAUCUGUCUGGACGUCCUGCAGUCCCACUGGUCUCCAUCCCUGACAGUGUCUGAAGUGCUCCUGUCCAUCUGCUCCCUGCUCUGCGAGCCCAACCCCGACGACCCUCUGGUGCCAGAGAUAGCUCACACCUACAAGGCCAACCGAGAGAAGUACAACAAACUGGCGCGAGAGUGGACACAGAAAUACGCUAUGUGAGUGCCUUGGAGGUUGCACAGGGGACACUGCUCAAGAGAAGCUGAGCCCCUGGCUGAGCCUCCCAUAGGGCGUCAACUUUCCCACAAGUGAUUGAUGGCCCCACCCUCUCCAGCCGCGUGGCUUUGACACCAUCCCAUCCUGAUGCCAAAGCAGUGGUCACCAUUAGAUCUGCAGCCUCCUCGCUACGCUGGAAUCAGUCCCUCCACCCGACUCACUGCUGGACUCGGGGACAGUUUGCUGUCACCUCCCCUACCCUGCCUCACUCAUGGUGGCAUCACUGGCUGUGGCACCACACAGCCUGGCCCUCACCUUCUGGGACUAAGUGCCAACCUGGGCAUCUAGGGCAGAGCUUGCAGGCUUUCCUCACAUCCUAUCUGCCAUAAACCAUAUCCCAGGAGGCUCCAGGGAAUUGGGAACUGUCCCUCACCCCAAGAAGCAGCAAACAGUGUCGGGAUAGAAAGCAUGGAACACCCAGGAGAUGACUGUCUUUUCAGAAGCAAGACCUGGAGAGAUUGGGGUUUUGCCUUUCUGUGGGAAGAGGUUUUUCACCACCUCCCUCCCUCCCUCCACGGAGCUUACACUAAGUCCAGUGGGUGCCACCCACAGACCAGAGCACAGGGACAGGGAGAGACUUUUAAAUGUAAAUAAAAUGUAAUUCAUGCAUACCCCUAAAUGAUAACUGA